GAAAAGUGUGUGUGAAUGAACCCAAGUGUGAAAGCGAGUUGGAUGCAGCGGAUAGUGGGGCGGUCUCUCACACUUCCCUUAAUGGGUAUGAUCACUGUGACAACCGUUCUCCUCUGCCUCAUUCUGGGCCCGCUCAGUCCAGCUCCAGCUGCCCUGGGUUCCCGUUCAAGCAGAGCUUGUUGUACAAGAUACACCAGUAUGCCAGUGCCUUUCAAGCGCAUAAAGGGCUACAGAGAACAACCUGCCACUGAAAACUGCCGCAUUGAGGCGAUCAUUUUCUACACAGUCAUGAAGAGGGAGAUAUGUGCGACUCGGAAGGAUGAGUGGGUGAGGAAAACUCUGGAAUUACUCAGUUUAAAACUGAAGAAGAUGUCCAAGACUGACACAGCUGCAGGAGAAGCUCUGAUGAAAAGACAUGGAAACCCUUCCAUUAACGAUGGGAGUGGAUCCGUCCUCAGUACCACCGAAACCUUCCUUAAUACCACCAAAACCUUCCUCAAUACCACCAAAAUCUUCCCAAACAGCACGGAAAGUUUCUAUUAGCGUGGAUGUAGGGAGUUGUAGUGUUUGAAUCAAAUUGCAUAUUGGAAUGACUGACAUCCAAUGAUAUUGGGGAUUUAUUACUUGCUACUUACUUUUAUUGCUUAAAGGUAUGCGGUGUCAGUCCUAAUACUAUAUUAUCAUGACUUAAGGGGAACCUGGAAAGAACCGUUUUGAGACAAAUGUAGAUUAUGCGCUCAGCCUUUUCACCAUGUUUUAGUGAGUGUUUGUUUGUUAAAUCAGGUUUUUAUGACUGUGCUGUUUCCUUCCAUACUGUGAAUCUGCUGCUUAACCAUAUUAAUGAACCAAUAGCAAUUCUCAGAAAUAA